AUGAUAGUACCUGAUCUUGACGAAUUCCCUAUCUUUGCUAGCCUCCCAACUCCCACCAUGCCACCCACCACCACCUCGGUAGUGCCCAUCCCCACGGUGAUUCCGAGCAUCCCGCUCUUCCAGGAACUUGAAAUCACCGGAAAACGCACUCUCUGGGUCGUAACUGUGCUUAUGGGAAUCUCCUCCCUGGUCUUGUACAGUCUAGCCGCUCGCGCUCCACUUCCAAAGCGGGUCUUCCACACCCUCAGUGCGCUGAUCACCACCAUCUCCUUCGUAACUUACCUCGCCUUAUCGACCGGCCAAGGGUACAGCUUCAACUACCUAAACGUCAUCCACAAGAACAAGCAUGUCCCUGAUACCCAUGAUGAGAUAUUCCGCUCCGUCCUCUGGCUCCGUUUCGUGAACUGGGCCCUGACAACUCCCCUCCUGCUAACCAAUUUUGCCCUCAUCUCCGGUCUUCCAGGUGCGAACCUGGUUGCCGCCAUCGCCGCAAACUGGGUGAUGCUCGCAUCUGCGGCCUUCGGCUCGUACGCGGGACACACGUCUGCACGAUGGGGAUGGUUGACGCUAUCUUGUAUUGCAUUCCUGGUUACGCUUCACCACGCCGGCUUCCAUGCUCAGCGAGCAGCCAAGACCAAGGAUGCGCAGAUGAGACGCUUCUUUGGGGCGUUUUCCGGAUCUGCUUUCUUCGCUCUCGCCUUGUUCCCAAUUGCUCUGGCGGCGGGAACUCUUGCGCUGAAGAUCAGUGUCGAUACCGAGACUAUCAUUUAUGCAGUUCAGGAUAUCUUUACCCAGGGUCUACUUAGCCAUUGGCUUGUGAUCUCGCAUGAUGCUGCUCAGGGAAUUACUCUCCACAUGGACGGAUUCUGGUCCCACGGCGUUGGCAACGAAGGUGCCAUUCGUAUCGAGGAAGAGGGUGCGUAG